AUGGGUAUUAGCAGAGAUGGUCGACAUAAACUUCGCUUAACUGGUGGGAAAAAAAAAAUUCACAAAAAAAAGAGAAAAUAUGAAUUAGGUAGACCACCAUCAAAUACCAAGUUAGGCAGUAGACAAGUUCAUGUUGUUAGAGGAAGAGGAAGGAAUUACAAAUUUCGUGCAAUUAAGUUGGAUUCUGGUAGUUUUUCUUGGUCUAGCUUCGGAAUAUCCAAAAUAACUAGAAUUAUUGAUGUUGUUUAUAAUGCAUCAAAUAAUGAACUUGUCAGAACAAAAACAUUAGUAAAAAAUUGUAUUGUUUUGAUAGAUUCUCAUCCUUUUACGACUUGGUACGAAAAUACAUUUGGUGUUACACUUGGAAAGAAGAAGAAGGUAAGAUCUGACGAAGAUAUUAAAGAGGAGAAUAAAGCUGAUACUGAAGAGAAUGAAGAAAAUAAUAACGAAAAAAAAGACGAAAAAACAAAAUCAUAUUCAGUAAUUAAAAAAAUAGGAAAAUCAAAGCAAAUAGAUCCAGCAUUACUUGAACAAUUUAAGCAAGGAAGAGUUUUAGCAUGUAUUAGUAGCAGACCAGGUCAGUGUGGUAAAGCUGAUGGAUAUAUAAUUGAAGGAGAUGAAUUGUUAUUUUAUAAGCGUAAAAUGGACAAGAAAAAAAGAAACUAA